CCCCAUUCUAGUCAGUAUUCACAUUUCCCUCUUCUUCUUCCAGGUUCAGAUUUUGGAGCGAAAAAGAUUCCACAUGGCCAAUUCAGAAACCGCCGGCGACGCCGCUCGGCCGUGGCAGUCCUACACCACCGUCUACACCAAUGCCAAAGCCGGUAUGGAAGGCGUGGAUAAAGAGAAGGUUCAGAGAGUAGUGUAUGAAAUGAGCAAAGGGUCGGAGUAUUUUAAGAACGAGGAGCGCAAGGAGGCUUUGAUUAAGGAGAAGAUAGAGAACAUGCGUGCUCGGGGUGCAAAGCUCACCGCCGCAGAUUUGGCUCACUAUCAGAAGGUUGCUGAUAAGAGAGUUGUGGAGUUAGAAGCAAUGCGUGACCUGUCGAGGGUUUGGAUACAUGUGGAUAUGGAUGCUUUCUAUGCAGCUGUUGAGACUUUAAGUGAGCCGUCGUUGAAGGGAAAGCCCAUGGCUGUUGGUGGUAUGUCUAUGAUCUCGACUGCUAAUUAUGAGGCAAGGAGAUUUGGGGUUCGAGCUGCAAUGCCUGGCUUCAUUGCUCGUAAAUUAUGUCCGGAGUUAGUUUUUGUUCCAACAGAUUUCAAGAAGUACACUUAUUACAGUGAUUUAACUAGAAAAGUGUUUCGGAAGUAUGAUCCUAACUUCCUGGCUGCUAGUUUAGACGAAGCGUACCUUGAUGUUACUGAGGUUUGCAAAGAAAAGGGCACUACUGGGGAAGAAAUUGCCAAAGAACUCAGAGAUGGUGUUAAUGAAGAGACUGGUCUAACAUGUAGCGCUGGAGUAGCACCAAACCGUCUACUUGCUAAGGUUUGUUCAGAUAUAAACAAGCCGAAUGGACAGUUUAUUUUACCAAGCAAUCGAAUGGCUGUGAUGACAUUUAUAUCCUCACUUCCUGUACGAAAGAUUGGGGGGAUUGGAAAAGUCACCGAACAUAUUUUAAGGGAUGCUCUUGGAAUUAGUACUUGCGAGGAGAUUCUGCAAAAGAGCAGUUAUAUCUGUGCACUAUUUUCUCAUUCUACGGCAGAUUUUUUCCUCUCUGUGGGACUUGCCAUCGGGAGGACAGGUACUCCUGAAGUCAGAUUGAGGAAAAGUAUAAGUAACGAGAGGACAUUUUCAGCCACAGGGGAUGAAACAUUUCUCUAUUGUAAAUUAGCUGAGAUCGCAGAGAUGCUAUCUACUGACUUGCAAAAGGAGGGCCUUUUUGGGCGUACAUUGACUCUUAAACUCAAAACCGCAUCUUUUGAGGUUCGCACCAGAGCUGUGACUUCUCAAAAAUAUGUAUGCUCGACUGAGGAUAUAUUGAAGCAUGCUUCCAAGUUGCUUAAAGCUGAACUUCCUGUUUCUAUAAGGCUGAUAGGUUUGCGGGUGUCUCAUUUUGAUGAAGAAAAGGGUGGUCCAUCAGAUCCCACACAAAAAUCUCUCACCGACUAUCUUUUAUCAGGAGAUGCUUCAAGGAAAACUAUGGGUGAUCAAAUCUCCUUGGACUCGGACAAUAUUGAUCAUCGCUUCAUACACGGUGAAGAAUGCUGUUUAUUUAUAGAAACCCAUGAAACAUAUCCAUGUGAUCAUGGAGAUUCUUUAGAUGGCAAUGCUUGUUCAAAUGCUGAUGACCGUAAGUCUAUUUUGGUCAACACUUCUGAAGAAAAGGAAAAACAUGAUGAAUCCAGGGGUAAUGCAAGUGCUGAAAAGAUGAAUUCAAAUGACAUACAGACUGGGGAAAAUGUACAAAACAGAGUUUCACCAUUGUUGAGAGUAGGUUAUUCUUUUCAUGGGAACUCCGAGGGCAGUAGCAUAGAAAGAGCAAAUAGUGCAACUAGCAGUCUUCAGGAUUUUCCAAUUCCUUCAUCUCAUCAGGAAGAGUUGCUUUUGUGGGUGGAUGACUACAAGUGCUCGAUAUGUGGAAUAGAAGUGCCACCAGAUUUUGUUGAAGAACGGCAAGAACACUUUGAUUUUCAUCUUGCCGAGAAGCUUCAAAACGAUGAAUCUGGCAUUAACCUAAGAACUUCCAUGCCAAAGCAGAGAACUGUAAACAAGAAUCACGAUUUGAGCAGAAGGAAACACAAAAAGCAUAAAUCAUCUCCAAAAGAAAGCAAACACAUACCUAUUGAUGUGUUCUUUGUUAAGAGCAGUCAGAACUUCUAAGACUCUAUUUUAUUUGUUACCGUCUUGUAUACAUAUCUGUAAAUAACUAAAUAUGUGAGAAUGUGAUUUUGUUUGUAAUAAUGGAUUAUUUAUGCUUAAUA